AUGGUUGGUGUCGCGGGCAAGUCGAAAGCAUGCAGAACGUGCAAGAAGAGGAGGAUCAAGUGUGACGAGGGCAAGCCGACGUGCGAGAGGUGCAAGAAGAGCGGUUACGCAUGUGCUGGUUACAGUACCGGAUUACAGUUCAUUAACACAUCAACCGCGCCCUUCAAUCAGCCCACAUCAAACCAAUCAUCCGCACCAAUCCAACUCGUCGGUAACACGCCCGUCAGAGUCGUGCCCCGGAUACGCACUGCCGAGCUGCCCAUGGAGCUCAGCCUGGCAGCCUUCCAAUCCGAAGUCUGCACCGCGUUUAUGCUGCACAAUUUCGUGUGGAAGACGUACGGGAACGGCUGGUUGGAACCGGCAGCGCAGGAGCUGCUCGAUCAGUUGAGCACGCAGGCUGUGCGGGCGCUGUCGGGCAUCUUCUUUGGCAUCUUCCAUCAUAAGGAGGAUAUUCAGUUACAGGCUUGUUUGCAUUAUGGGAAGGUACUUGCACAGUUGCGGAUGAGAUUGGCGGAGCCGAGCGGGGAGGGGGUGGAGAGGAUGAUAAUCCCGGUGCUGGUGCUGUUGAUGCAUGCUUCAUACGAAGAAGAUCAAGCGGCCGCAGUCUCGCAUGUAAAGGGGCUUAUCAUGCUGCUGCAGGUCGCGGGACCCUUCCGCUUUCAGAAUGUUCCAGCGACGUCCUUCAUCCUCGCCCGCCAACCCCUCUUUCUGGCCUCCGAGGAGUGGAAAACCAUCCCCUGGGCCCUCGACCCGGCGUCAAAAAGCCAGCAAAACCACCUCACAGACAUCCUCGUCGACAUCCCCGGCCUGCUCUUCCGCGCCGGCGAGUUACAGCACAAUAAUGACGACCCAUCGGCUCGCUUGGCGCAUCUCGAGCGCGUGAAAGCAACUCUCUUCUUCCUCUACUGCUGGCGCUACACCUGGGAGCUUCUCAAUCCGGACGCGGCAUACGAGACUAAACCCACAGCGGCGGAAGCGAAGACACGAGUUAUUGCUCGCCGAUUACACUUCCGCGGGAGCCACGAAAACGCCGCCGAGAUACUGCUCUACAACGCCAUCCAGCUCUUUCUCCUAGGCCUGAUCGAGCCCCUCUCUGAUCUCACCACCACCGCAGCAGACACCACCAUCGCCCAGCAGACCGCCUUCCUCGCCGCUACAGCAACAUCCUUCCCGCUGUCCACGCAUCCCCGCGGAGCGCUCCUCCUCCCCGACGACGUGGAUACGCUACGGGACCUCGCCAUCGAAAUAUGCCGCGCCUUCGAAUUCCAAAUGCACGCGCCCGAAAAGAGCCGCGGUAGCAAUCUCUUCUUCCUGUUCCCGCUCGGCAUUGCAUACGAGAUGCUCAAGGCGGAUGCAGACUAUAAGGCUUGGAUGAAGGGCAUGCUGGAUAGGACGCCUGUGACAAGCGGGUAUGCUGUGGGUAGGAAUAGAUGGUUUGGGAAGUACUAUUUCCCGAAGAGGAAGUGA